GUCAAUCAGCAGACAUAAGAGGCCGAAAAGAAACAGAGAAAGAAGAGCCCGAGAAACGGAAAAAAAAAAAAUGGAGAGAGAAGACGCGAGCGCAAACAAGGCCGAGGGCGACAAGCCGGUGGUUUGCGUUCUCGACGCCUCGACUUACGUGGGGUUUUGGAUUCUCCAAGGUUUGCUGAGCAAAGGGUACCAUGUUCAUGCCGCAAUUCAGAAGAAUGGAGAGAGAGAGAUAGUGGAGAAGAUUCGGGACAUGGCGGUGAUUGAAGAGAGGCUGGUGGUUUACAGUGUGGAAGUGUUGGAUUACGGGAGCAUUCUUGAAGCUCUGAGGGGUUGCUCUGCUCUGUUCUGCUGCUUGGACAGCUCAGAUGGUUAUAACGACGAGAAGAAUGUGGAUUUGGAGGUGAGAGGAGCGAUCAACGUGGUGGAGGCGUGUGCGCGGACCAACAGCAUUGACAAGAUUGUCUUCAGCUCGUCUCUCACGGCGGCGAUAUGGAAAGACAACAUCUCGUCCCAGGAAGACGUGGACGAGCGGUCCUGGAGCGACCCGGAAUUCUGCAGGAAGUUGAAGCUGUGGCAUGCCCUGUCGAAGACGUUGUCGGAGCAGGCGGCGUGGGCUCUGGCCAUGGAGCGGAUGCUCAACAUGGUAUCCAUCAACAGCGGACUCGUUCUAGGCCCCUCUGUGGCCCAACAGAAUCCCAAAUCCACAUUGGCUUACCUCAAAGGGGCUUCCCAGAUGUACGAAAGUGGCGUCCUCGCAUUCGUCGACACUAAUUUCCUAGCCGACGUUCACAUCCGGGCGCUAGAGGACCCCUCCACGCGGGGCCGGUACUUCUGUUUCAACCAGGUGGUCAACACCGAAGAAGCAGCCCUGAAGAUCGCGCAGCGGCUCAGCCCUCUCAUAUCCCUGCCCCCAAGGUACGAGCAGGGCAGCGAGGUGUUCGCCGAGAGGCUGAGGACCAAGAAGUUGGACAAACUAGUUGAAGGAACUGCGUAUUGAGGAUUUGAUGCAUUCUCCCCUUUUCCCCUGUUUUCUAGUAUUCUCUGCUUUAUAUGUCAAAGUACAUGUAUUCUUGGUCCAUUUUCAGUUGCAUUUAGGUUCAUUUUCAUGGUGAUGGUAAGUGAUUGCAUUCCAAAAGAAUAAAAUAACAAACAUGAAAAACAAUCAUCUCAUGAGUAAGUAAGGAACACCGCGAGGAACAUCUGAAGAGAAGAUUCACUACCAAGACAAGACAUUUGCUUCCUCACCGGACAUCCUCCGGACUUCUCAAACCAGACCUUGGGGUUUCCAAUUUGGACAGGACGAACUGACUAAGAAUUCGACGAUCCGAUUAUUGAUAACUAGUUGAGAGGUCCGUGCAAAUGUGCAAAAUCAGAACUCAAUUUACGCGAAUGUAGGAUCUAAUUUCAUAAAAUAUAUUUGCUUUCACUAAGUUAUAUCAGUUCAUUUCCAGGUCUA